AUGCUGCAACAUCCCUCGCUCCGCAAGUCAGGCGUGGGUGCAGUGAUGAGGAUCAUUCAGUGGGUGAUCUCACAUUUUCGUCACACCUCUCUGUCUCUCUGCCUUAUGCUGCUCUCCUCGCCGCCACCAGGAGACGGAGGGGCUGAUAGCGGACGUGUUGGGUUGGGGGUGGAGGUGUUGCGCCGCCCCCAUUGCCUCAUGCUCUGUUCCUCUGCGCUCUGUGUUCCCUUUGCCCCCUCUCUUCCGUGUGCCUCCCCUCAUGCUGCUCUCCCUCGCCGCCACCAGGAGACGGAGGAGCUGAUAGCGGGCGCUGGGCGUGUUGGGUUGGGGGUGGAGGUGUUCCGGCAGACCAUCGCAGGCAACAUCCCCGUAGGCAGCUACAGCUACUGCGUCUUCACCAACCGUGGCGGCCUGAUCACUCGCACUCCCGCUGCUGUCCCAUCCCAUCGAUGUCAAGCACUGCAGUGCAGAGCGUCUUUGCCACUUCUCUCACUCCUUCCUGUGCUCACUUGCUAUUGCAUUGUUGGAGUGGCUCGCAUGCUGCAUCGUCGCUCUCUGCUCAUGCUUACAACCACCCAUGUGUGUGACCACUGGCCAUGCCACCAGGUGCACCCGCAAACCUCAGUGGAGGAUCUGGACAAGCUGUCGUUAUUGCUACAAGUGCCCCUCGUGGACAGCACAGUGAACCGCGGCAGUGGGGUGGUGGGGCCGGGGCUUGUGGCGAAUGACUGGGCGGCUUUUGCAGGGUUUGACACGACCGCCACAGAGCUGUCAGUGAUUGACAGCGUGUUCGAGCUGAGAGAGAGCGUGGCUCCCAGUGUGGUGCAUGAAAUGCGGGCCUCGCUCAUUGACACUCUUGGAUGGCCGUUCAGGUCACAGAUAAGUGUGAUUGUGGAUAUGUGA